AUUCUAUGGCUUAUCACAGGGCUGUUCUGCUUGGAAUUUGCUCAGGCUUGUGCUGCCAAGGAUACCACAAGGCUGCUUCCUGGCCAUAGACUGUUUACUUUUGAACUUGUGGAGUUGUUUGUGGCGUUGUUAAGGAAUACCCGCUGGAGAAUAACACCUUAAAGUGGAGGGCACUGCUGGCCUUUAAAAAACAAGGCAGUUUACUGAAGAAGAUAACAAUAUUGUUUGUGGAUGAGUCCAACCUAGUUAUGCCCAGUUGCCCAGUCAUUACAGACUCAGUAGGAACAUCUGGCACACCUUCACGACUAUUGUCAAGACUAAAAUCAACACCAGUCUGUACACUACAUUAUCCUAUCUGGAUUCUCUGCAUUCUGACAGUUCAAGAAGCGAGUUGAGUUUCAGUGUAAAGACUAUUUGAAGUAAAUCUCAUCGAAAUGGGUAACAGAUCCGGGAAAGCCACGAUCAAUUCUGGCGGCAGUGAGGUGGCAGUAAAGAGUAAUAAGGCAAAGAAAGAGAAUGGAGUAUCAGCGGGCGGUGACGCACCAGCAAAGGAAGUUCCAACUGUCAACGGUGAUGCAAAUGCUGAAGAGCAAAGUGCUGCUGCAGCUGACUCUGGAAAGAAAGAGGAAACACCAUUAAACAAUGGUGACGCCACACAGGAGGAGAAAACGACAGAAGGUGCUGAAACUAAAGAGGAUACAAAAUCAGAAGAGGUGAAAGAAGCCGAACCAGAACAGGUUCAAACGGAAGGAUCUAAAACAGAGACUUUAGCUGAAACGGAAACUGCUGCCGAGGAGAGUAAAGAGGAAUCGGCACAAGUGGAGGACACGCAAGAGCAACAAGUUGAGACGCCGCCUGUUGCUGCCGUAGAGGAGGUCCAAACAACAGAAGAAACAAAAGAGGAACCAGAAACACCAGCUGAACCUGCCCCAGAAGAGCCCAAGGAAGAAGAGACGCCUGCAGAACCAGAGGCCCCCAAAGAGGUGGAGCCACAGGCUGAGCAAGAGGUGGAGCCACAGCAGGAACUGAAGGAGAUUGCUGCUGAGAUUGAGGAGCCCAAGGCUGAGCAAGAGCCACAGCAAGAACAGACGGAGACUGCUGCUGAGAUUGAGGAACCCAAGGCCGAGCAAGAGGUUGAAGAACCUGCAGCUCCAACGGAAGAGCCACAGCAAGAACAGACGGAGACUGCUGCUGAGAUUGAGGAACCCAAGGCUGAGCAAGAGGUUGAAGAACCUGCAGCUCCAACGGAAGAGCCACAGCAAGAACAGACUGAGACUGCUGCUGAGAUUGAGGAACCCAAAGCUGAGGAAAUACAGCAGACAACACCAGCGCUGACAAAAAAGCGAUCAUUAAUGUGGGGAGCUGCAAACCCAUUCAGGAGGACAAAUUCACCAUCAGUACAAACUGAGACUCCUGUUGAAGAGACCACUCCUGCUAAAGUGUCCGUAGACUUCAAAUGGGAACACGGUGGCAAGAACGUUCUUGUAACGGGUACUUUUACAACCUGGACUGAUCAUGUGGAGCUGACUAAUAGUGAUGGUGUCUUCAGCACGACCUGUGACUUGGAAGAGGGAGAGCAUUAUUACAAAUUCAUUGUCGAUGAUGAAUGGAAAAUCAGCUCAAGCCUGCCUUCUGCCACGAGGGAGGAUGGCACUGACGCCAAUGUCAUCACCGUAAAGAACGAAUGAAGAAUUUCAUUGCCAACAUCAUGAUUUCCCUGGUGCCUUAGAUCUAUUCCAUAUUCUGGGAAUACACAGUUCCCCUAGUUAUGAACUGUGUAGUGUAAGACUGCAUGUCAAUGUAACUUUACCUGUGCUUUAGUAUAGAUGGAUUGUACAUCACUGUACUGGAGGAACAAGUCUAGUUAUGCUGAUAUAGACAUUGAUAUUGUGCAUUGCAAGCAUUGACUUCAGGAGGUGUUUUAAACAAUAAUCCGACCAGGGACGGUGUUGUACUUUUGUCGGUUAAAAAACGUCUGCAGAGAUGAUGAGUUCAUCAUGUUGUUACAGAUUGGAAAAGGUGGAAACUCCCUGCAUCUCAGUGCAAUGAAAUUAGCAGCCGCGUAAACAUCACUCCCUGUACAGUCAUUUUGACCCCCCAAAAUUUCACAUCUCUUUCUACGGAAUAUUAGUCAUACUAAGCACAGGGACCUGGAUGACGUUUGUGAAUUUUUGUUGUAGGGUCUGUACUGGUAUGUUCUUGAAUAUUCAGUCAGACUUGAAUAUCCAUGUGGACGACAAACUAGCACUUUAUUUACUCUUAUGUGCAUGCUUUUUCACAUCUUAACGUGGGCUUUAGCUACAUUGUAAUCAUGUACAAGUCCACCCUCAAUAUAUUCAUUCAGUUGGCAUCAAUGAAUUCAUGAUGGAUUCCUCCUGUUCUGCAAUUGUAGUUAUUGGGGAAUAAUCAUUGUAUUCUUUUUAGCAGUAUUGCACAACUUAAAAAUAUACCACAUUAUGUUUAUUUUAAAGGCCUAUGCCGUUCGUUAAAAUUUUGAAUUUGUAAUUGAAUUUUAAAAUGUCCAAUUGCAAAAAUACAUUCUAAAUAUGAAUUUCAACAUUGCCAUUGUGUAGACUCUAUACAAAUACUAUGAAUACCAACUUUAAACAAAUUUUAAUUCACAAUAACUGCAUUACAGCAUUGUGUAUUAGUGGGUUUCCAUUUAAUUGGACCACAAGUAAUUACGAACGGCGUACUCCUUUAAGUAUUGAAAGCAGUGAUGCUGGUUGGGUUGGGUCGGGUGCCACCUGUGAAUCUUUGUAGAUUAACUCAUUACACCCCAGGCGCAUGUAUCCUAGUAGAUAUCUCCAGUGUUAUCAAAGACGAUAAAACUCAUAUUGCCUGCAAAAUUAUAAUGCGUAGUUGUACAUGUAUGAACCAUAGUGCUCACUUUAAAUUAAAACACGUGUAUGGUAAGCAAAAAUUGUAGCUGUUUAGAACAUUGUGUUGUUGUUUUGUCUCAUCUGAAAUUCUUUCAUUUUGCACUGACUGUACCUGAGAUUGCUGUACCAAUUGUACUAAAGAUGUUCAGCAAUCUUGGAGUUAUGGUGUGAAAACAUGAACUCAUUUGUAUCUUAUGCAAUUUGAAUCCAGCUUUCUUUUGGUUUGUGUAUCAGUAGUUUCUAGAAUCUUGAUGAAUAGUGUUAUCAUACUUUGCUGUAAUGCAUGAAAUCUCUGUUUAAACUUUGAAAUAUGAUAUAUUUGUAUCAGAUGCAAUAUUUCAGUUUGUGAGUGACAGUUUUGGAAGAAGAAAUAGAUAAAAUGGUAGGCUAAAUCCCUGUAUACUAUACAUGUAUAACAAGCUCUUUUAUCAUACGAUCAGGGAAGUUCCUAGUACAUACAACUGAUCUCAAAUCUGACCAAUUUGCUUUUGGUAAAUUUGAAUAUUAUUGAAGUAUCAAUUUAAUUCUCUCACUUUGCAUUUAGUAUUCUAUUUUUCUUUGGAUAUCUUAUGAAAUGUGAAAGUAAGGCUAUUAUCCUUUUGUAUGUGCUAGUAGGGAGUGUGGCUGUUUUACAGUUGGUGGGUUAAGACUUGUUUUGGCAGUAGAUGAGGUCAUGAUGUAGAUAGCAAUAUGUGUCAUAUUGUGCGCUCAAUUAGUAUGAUUUGGAUUCAUAGAAGACAAAAUCAUAUUGUAAUCUGAUUUGUCAGUGUAUACCAGAUUUGAUACAAUGAUGAGUUUUUUUCAUAUAAAAUACACAUUUUUUCAUUGUUCUAGGAUACUGUGAACCCUUAUAUCAUUGCCAGCACAAUAUUUUUCACAUUGUGUGUAUUGAGGGUCAAGUUGCAAACAAUAAUGACAGAAAAAUUAUUGAACUGAUGGUUUUGGAAAGUCUUUCGUUUCACGGGCGUGGAAGAGGGUCCGACUUGUGAUCGUAAUGUCGUAAGUUCAUUGCCAGGCCAGUGUCACUCUUUACUUUCAACUGGCCAAUAGUAUCCUAUCUUUUCCUUUGUAUGUCUUUUAGGUAAUAGCCAGUAGAUAGCGAGAUCUCAAUCUCUGAGGUUGAGUUGAAAACAGGGUUUAUAUUUAAGCUUGACAAAUCAGCUGAUACUGUGAUGAUAGAAAAUACGAUGUGUGUCUUCCUUCUACACAUUCAGGGAUUUCCGAAAGCACAAUUUAGGUGUGCAAUGGACGACUGUUGAACAAGGUUAGGAAUAUUCCAAUUUUAUUAUCCAUUCAAAUGAGUCCAAUUCUACAUCCCCGGCAUGCUCAUCAGUUAGUUACGAUAUAUUUUGCUUUCGGAAAUGGGUGAAUGGUCCCUUCUUACUUCUUCUCUGUCGCUUUGACUUUGACUGAUACUCAACUGCUCAUUAUUGUCAAAUGUCUCACCAAAUUCACUGAUUUAUGUGUCAUCUUCAGAAGCAUUUAUCUGUGAUGCUAAACUCCCUCAUGAAUAAGAUGUCUUUGUUUUAUUCGGAUGCCUGUUGUAAUACAUUUGUACUUGGUAAUUUUGAGUUUCAAUCCUGAUUGGUAAUUUUGAGUUUCAAUCCUGAUUGUUUAAGAGUUCAAGGACAUACUAGUAUGUUUGCUAGCGAAUUGAAUGGAGAAUGUUAUUCAACAUUGGUGACAUUUCAUCAAAUUAAAAAAGGAAUUGUACUCCUGGUUGUCAUAAGCUUAUGCCAAGUGUGCAAUUCAGCAUUCACAUAACAUGUACCCCUCCCUUCAAGCCCUUCCUCCAUUAUUUUUUUGUUGUAAAAAAAACCUCUUUUGUUGAAAGUUUUCGGUCUACCUGGAAUAUCAUAAGCAAACACCUUUCAAAAACUGAUCUUAUGGUGCAUUUCUGAAAUGCAAUUUUGUGUCUCAAAUAUUCGUAAUAUAAAGUUUAGUUGGUUAGUGUAAAUAUGGCGAUUAUCUCAUCUAUCACGACUGUUAGUAAAAACAGUGAUAUAUAAUGCCAGGGCUAGUAUAGAGGUUAAACAUUAUCAUUGAUGAAAUGCCACCCAUAUGGUAUACAUUGAAAAGAAUAAUGGGAUGAGAGUCGACCCAUCAGAUUUGCAAAAACUUUCAUUUUCAGUAACAUGAAACUUUGCAAGAAAAUCUGUCUUUGUGCAGGGUAUGUCUGGCUUUAUGUAUUUCUGCUACUACAUGUAGUAUACAGGCAUGAUAGUCUUUUUUGUGUCAAUGUAAAAAUCACAAUAAAACUGGUGAUCUUCAUGAAA